UUGAGGGUAUUACCCUCUCAGCUGUUCUUGACGAGACAAAUUCCCAUCGCCGCCGCCGGCCCGUGUAGGUUGUUGCGCGGUGACGGCCACGCCCGGCUGGAGAGAUCGAGGAGAUAAGGAGGUCGCCGUGCGUAGCCACCGUCGCAACUCCGGUAGUCCGCAAUCACCUCGGGCGGCGAACUAGUCCCGUCAUCCGUCCUGUAGGUCCGCGUCGCCGCCGGCACGGCAGACCAGGCAGAGGCCCUCCGGUUGAGCCCGUUUCCUUUCUCCCAGGCAUUUGUCCCAGUCAUCUUAAAGCGGAGCAUAUAAUCAACAAAGUGUAAUGGCGGAACCAUCACCAUCAUAUUCAUCAUCUCAUGGGAAAAGGAAGCGAGCAUGCUCUCCUAAUGACAAUGCCAGUAGUUCACCAGGCAGAACCAAAAACAGCACAAGCCUUGAGGACAACCUUAUAUUCACUGAUACGUUGAUAGCUCUACAAUUGAUGCGCGCACAAUUCCCAAAGCUAGAGAAGGUUGUGACACAGCCAUUCAUUUUGCAAUCGCAAUUGUAUAGCAGCGUGAAGGACAGGACUCAAGUUGAUAGAGAUUUGGAGUCACUGAAGAAAGACAGAGUACUCCGAGUAUUCAAACUCAGUACUGGUCAGGAUGACCAUGCUAUCAUGUUCAUGGAUGAUUAUCUAAGACAGAUGGAGUUUGCUAUCAGGAGGUCAACGGGUAAAAAACAAGAUGGUAGUGAAGUGUUUGAGUGGUUUGAGAAAUAUGUUCUGCAUUCGAAAUUGGAUGUUAGCGUAAAUCACCUAGAGCUGUGUUCACUGUUAUCAUGUGGGGGUGAUGCAAAAGAUAAACAUAUCACAGUGUUGAUGAAUGCUGGCCUCCUAACGCGCCAGCUAAUAGAUCCAAACAUGUACUGGUUUUCUAUUCCAAGUAUUGGUCCAAUCUUGAAAGGCCUAUCCCAGGGGAGGAAGGAAGUUCUUUCAUUACUGAACCGUCGGAAGUACAAGGAGAUGCUAGUGUCUUCACUGGAGAAGACGAGGUUGAGGUCAUCGCCUCUAGACGUGCGGUUCCACCUCCGCGAUCUUAUCGGGUCUGGUCACAUAAAGACGGUUCAGACACCCACCGGCUUACUUGCUCGUGUAUCAACAGAUUGACAAUCAAACAGUUUUGGAUCAAUUAAUCUUAGUUUAUCUUCCUUGCUGGGUACUACCCAGCUUCUGUGCUUCUGAUUAUGUUUUAUGUUAUGGCGAUUUUGGCUUCUUUUGGCGUCA